GUGAGGGCGCUCGGCUCCUGCCCCGGCCAUGGCCGAACUUUCUCGCAGCAGGAGCUACCGCUCCCCAGCUUCUCGCCCCGCUCUUUAAGCGCUGCACCCUUUGACCUCCGAAAACUCCGCGUUCUUUUUGGGGCCGUGAGCGUGGAACACCCAGCAGCGACCAGGAUGCGCUGAAGACCUCCGAGGUGCGCAUCUUGGGUGCCACCGUGGGUCCUAGCGCUGGAGCUGAGCUGCCGCGGGCUGCCACGAUUUCCCUACUGCGCUCCUGCAACCCCCACGCCGCACUUGAUGUGCAGAGAGGAACGAGACACCAUGAUCCUAACACAAAUCGAAGCCAAAGAAGCUUGUGAUUGGCUACGGGCAACAGGUUUCCCUCAGUAUGCACAGCUUUAUGAAGAUCUCUUGUUCCCUAUUGAUAUUUCCUUGGUAAAGAGAGAACACGAUUUUUUGGACAGAGAUGCCAUUGAAGCUUUAUGCAGGCGUCUAAAUACUUUAAACAAAUGUGCGGUGAUGAAACUGGAAAUUAGUCCACACCGGAAGAGAAGUGAAGAUUCAGAUGAGGAUGAGCCUUGUGCAAUAAGUGACAAGUGGACUUUCCAGAGGGACAGCAAGAGGUGGUCCCGGCUUGAGGAAUUUGAUGUCUUUUUUCCAAAACAGGACCCAGUCCCAGGGUCCCCAGUGGAUCCCCACCUGCAGAACGCCACGAGCCACGAAAGCAUGCUGACCGACCUCAGUGAGCGCCAGGAGGUGGCUUCGGUCCGCAGCCUCAGCAGCACCAGCAGCCUCCCCACCCAUGCGCCCCACAGCGGGGAUGCAGCGACACCCCGCACCAACUCUGUCAUUAGCGUCUGCUCCUCCAGCAACUUUGUAAGCAAUGACGACUCCUUCUGUAGCCUGCCCUCUCCUAAGGAACUGUCCAGCUUCAGCUUCAGCAUGAAAGGCCACGAGAAGAGCGCCAAGUCCAAGACGCGCAGUCUGCUGAAGCGCAUGGAGAGUUUAAAGCUAAGGGGCUCUCACCAUAGCAAGCACAAGGCACCCUCCAAGCUGGGGCUGAUUAUCAGUGGGCCAAUCCUGCAGGAGGGGGUGGAUGAGGAGAAACUAAAGCAGCUGAACUGCGUGGAGAUAUCCGCCCUCAAUGGCAACCACAUUAAUGUCCCUAUGGUACGGAAGAGGAGCGUUUCCAACUCCACGCAGACCAGCAGCAGCAGUAGCCAGUCAGAAACCAGCAGCGCCGUCAGCACACCCAGUCCUGUCACCAGGACCCGGAGCCUCAGUGCAUGCAACAAGCGGGUGGGCAUGUACUUAGAGGGCUUUGACCCCUUCAACCAAACAACCUUCAACAGUGUCGUGGAGCAGAACUUCAAGAACCGAGAGCGGUACCCAGAGGACACCGUGUUCUACAUCCCAGAAGAUCACAAGCCUGGGACCUUCCCCAAGGCCCUCUCCAAUGGCAGUUUCUCUCCCUCAGGGAAUAACAGCUCUGUGAAUUGGAGGACUGGAAGCUUCCACGGUCCUGGCCACAUCAGCCUGCGGAGGGAAAACAGUGACAGCCCCAAGGAACUUAAGAGACGUAAUUCCUCAAGCUCCAUGAGCAGCCGCCUGAGCAUCUAUGACAACGUGCCAGGCUCCCUCCUCUAUUCCAGUUCAGGUGACUUGGCCGACCUGGAGAACGGGGACAUCUUCCCUGAGCUGGAUGACAUUCUCUACCACGUGAAGGGGAUGCAAAGGAUCGUCAACCAGUGGUCAGAGAAGUUUUCAGAUGAGGGAGAUUCUGACUCUGCUCUGGACUCGGUCUCCCCGUGCCCGUCUUCUCCCAAACAGAUCCACCUGGACGUGGACAACGACCGGGCCACACCCAGUGACCUGGACAGUACUGGCAAUUCACUGAAUGAACCAGAAGAGCCUUCAGACAUCCCAGAGAGGCGGGAUUCUGGUGUGGGUGCCUCCCUGACGAGGUCCAACAGGCACAGACUGAGAUGGCACAGUUUUCAGAGCUCUCAUCGGCCGAGUUUGAACUCUGUAUCCCUGCAAAUCAACUGCCAGUCUGUGGCCCAGAUGAACUUACUGCAGAAAUAUUCACUCCUCAAGUUAACCGCCCUGCUGGAGAAAUACACGCCUUCUAAUAAACAUGGUUUUAGCUGGGCUGUGCCCAAAUUCAUGAAAAGGAUCAAGGUUCCAGACUACAAGGACCGAAAUGUGUUCGGGGUCCCUCUACCGGUCAACGUGCAGCGCACGGGUCAGCCCCUACCCCAGAGCAUUCAGCAGGCCAUGCGCUACCUUCGCAACCACUGUUUGGAUCAGGUUGGGCUUUUCCGAAAAUCAGGUGUAAAAUCCCGAAUUCAGGCUCUACGCCAAAUGAAUGAAAGUGCCGUAGACUGUGUCAGCUACGAGGGGCAGUCUGCUUACGAUGUGGCAGACAUGUUGAAGCAGUAUUUUCGAGAUCUUCCUGAGCCACUAAUGACAAACAAACUCUCAGAAACCUUCCUCCAGAUCUACCAGUAUGUGCCCAAGGACCAGCGCCUCCAGGCCAUCAAGGCCGCCAUUAUGCUCCUGCCUGAUGAGAAUCGGGAGGUUCUGCAGACGCUCCUUUACUUCCUGAGCGAUGUCACAGCUGCUGUGAAAGAGAACCAGAUGACGCCGACCAACCUGGCCGUGUGCCUAGCGCCUUCCCUCUUCCACCUCAACACCCUGAAGAGAGAGAAUUCUUCUCCGAGGGUAAUGCAAAGAAAACAAAGUUUGGGCAAACCAGAUCAGAAGGAUUUGAAUGAAAACCUUGCUGCAACUCAAGGACUGGCCCACAUGAUUGCAGAAUGUAAGAAGCUUUUCCAGGUUCCUGAGGAAAUGAGCCGAUGCCGGAAUUCCUAUACUGAGCAAGAGCUGAAGCCCCUCACUCUAGAAGCCUUGGGACGCCUGCAUAAUGAUGAGUCAGCAGACUACCAACACUUCUUGCAGGACUGUGUGGACAGCCUGUUUAAAGAAGUCAAAGAGAAGUUUAAAGGCUGGGUCAGCUACUCUACUUCUGAGCAAGCUGAACUGUCCUAUAAGAAAGUGAGUGAGGGACCCCCACUGAGGCUUUGGAGGGCCACCAUCGAAGUCCCUGCUGUGCCUGAGGAAGUGUUGAAGCGUCUCCUGAAAGAGCAGCACCUCUGGGAUGUAGACCUACUGGAUUCAAAAGUGAUUGAAAUCCUGGACAGCCAAACUGAAAUUUACCAGUAUGUCCUCAACAGCAUGGCACCCCACCCUGCUCGGGACUACGUUGUUUUGAGAACAUGGAGGACUAACUUACCCAAGGGGGCGUGUGCCCUUUUACUCACCUCUGUGGACCAUGACCGGGCACCUGUGGUGGGGGUGAGGGUCAACGUGCUCCUGUCCAGGUAUCUCAUCGAACCCUGCGGGACAGGGAAGUCCAAACUCACCUACAUGUGCAGAGCUGACUUACGGGGCCACAUGCCAGAGUGGUACACGAAAUCUUUUGGACAUUUGUGUGCAGCUGAAGUUGUCAAGAUCCGAGACUCUUUCUGUACUCAGAACACUGAAGCCAAAGACAGCAAAUCUAGGUGAUUCCUGAAGCAAAGCCACUCUUCCAGUCCUCACGAGGAUGGAUUCUGCAGAAACAAAACUAUAAGGUGGAGCCUAGGAACGGACCACAGAGAUUUGAUACAUUUUUUUUAAAGCUGCUUCCUGUUUGUUUAAGGUUUAUGUUAUAGACCUUGACUGGAAUUAUAUAAGACUGUGCAAAAGAAAAAUGUAUUCUUAAUCGAAUUGCUUCUGAGAAGCAAAAUUCUAUAAAUACAUUACAGAAGAUAAAUGAAGAUACUUCAUUCUCUUGAGAUAUUGGUGUAUGUGUACCUACGUCAUUUUAUUUGCAGUGUGCUGAGGGACUGAUGUAUCCACUGGAAUAGUUGGUACUCUGACAAGUUUUCUCACUGAGAUGAGCAAAGAAAGGUUUGCACAGAGGAGUGUGUGUAUGUGUGUUUGUUGCAGGUUGAGUGGCAUAGAUGGAGAAGUUGGAAUGCAGUGGCUGGCACACUGAGACGCCUCCAAGAAGGGUAUUGAUGCAUCAGAUUCAGUUUAACCUGGAAUAUCUGACUACCCACGGAUCCAUCCAGAAAGAAAUCCCAACACCAUUGUCCGCUUAUUGUUUUUUCCCACGUUACGGAGCAUGUUCCCUUUCCACCAACCUCUCCUUUACCUUAAAAACAGUAAAUAUACUGGGGUGUCCCACUUCAGGUGCAGUUUGUCAUUAGACCUGAUUGCAAGUAGUAAUGUCAUUUUAACCAGCGUAGAUGACUUCAGGGAUGGAAACUGCCCUGCUUGACUAACUACAAGGUUUGAUUUGAUUUGAUUUUAAAUUGAAAUGUAAAAGUAAAAACAGAAAAACAUUUGCUCCUGAAGCAAGCAUCCACAGUUUUUUCCUCACAGACUUCUUUCAUGCCUAUUAACAGUAACUCGGUAAGACACUGUACGGGAGCAUAGGCCUCCAUGUGUGUCCAGGAAAACCCUUGUAAGUGGAACCCCACCACAAAAGUUGUUUGUUAUUAACAGCGUUUCUGAAAGCUGCAUGUUUUAAUUGGACUUGUCUUUAUCCGCAAAUGGGUUUCUGUUUUAUGACUAUAGAAAUGUUUUUCCUAUAUUUCUUUUUCUUUUCCUUGAAAAUGAUGUCCUUGGAAUAUAUUUUAGUGGCAGUGAAAAAUAGUAACCACAGCUAAUAGAAAAGAAGGAAAAACACCAGCACAGCUUUUUGGAGGGGUGGUCUUUAUACAGGUUUUACUGUAAAUGGAAAGACUGACUCAAGAGACAGUAUUAGUGAAUUUAUUUUGUAUGGAUCAAAAGUGAGUAAUGUAUGAAUGAGACUUGUAAGAAGGAUUUUUAUUUUGUUAUAAUUUAGUUACCAUUGUCAGUGUUAUUUCAAAGGUUCUUUGAAGAAUGGGGGGGACAGAUCAGAGUUUUAAAAUUUGAGUAUUUUGGAUAUCAGUGUUCUUCAUGAAAAUAUACUUGUAUAUUCAAUUUUAAUGGCUUUCAGAUUUGUAAUAUUAUAUGUUGUAGAUACCAUUCUAUUAAGAAACAUGUAAACAUGCCCACUGUGCUUUCAAACCUAGAUAAAGCAUGAUAAAGAUUAUUAUUUAAAAUAUACUUGUAUUUAUACCUCAGAUAUUCUUUUGGGUUUUGUACCUCAAGGCUUUUUUUUUUCCCCUAAUGUAAAUACACUUUACGUGAAUACAGUCUAAGUGAGAAAAAAAUAAGAAUAAAAGAAGAGGUUUAUAAUUUGCUCUUAUAUCUGUAUAGAAUAUACUCACUAAGUGCACUAUGAAAUGGUUCAAGUAAGGGAAAAGCCUAGCCUGCUUUUCUUUGUAUGGCAUCUCACUCCUACCUUUAACCCACAGAUUACAAAGCAUAUCAUUCUAGCAUCAACGAAAAUAGGAAGAAUUGGACUGCUAGUCAUUCCAAGGCCAAACCGUGACUGAGCCAUUCACUAAUAAACAGGAAACUCUGGUGAAGGUUCAGGAAGCAUGGAGAUUCUCUCCAAACAAAGGUCGUUAGGAAAUGGUGCUGAGAAAGUUACAAGAAUAAGCAGCAGCAGCAGAAAGAUGCUCUUAAGCAAAGCCAAGGUCACUGAUUAAUUCCACAAAGGGUCUCUUUCCCACUGUUGAGCUUUCCUGUUGAAAGGAUUCCUUACAUAUUUGCCAAGAAGAGAAUGCAAAGGAUGUGAACAUUGUCAAGAAACUCUGCUUAAGCUAUCUAAAGUGAUAUUGCCACAACUUACUAAUUGUGACUAAUUGCCUAGAUUGUAAGCUCUUUGAGGGCAGGGCUAUUCCACACAUCUUUAUAAUCCCCUACAGCAGCUUUCAGUGUUUUGUUCUUGUAGGCACCUAAUAAAUCUAUUAUUU